CUGACUGAGGAGAGAGACCAGCCGGAGCAAAACACUGACUGCUGCUGCCACGGGUUAAGUCAUGGCUGCGGAGAUUCACUCGAGGCCCCAGACCGCCAGACCGGUUCUCCUCAACAAGAUCGAGGGCCACUCGGACGCCGUCAACGCAGCCGUUCUGAUCCCGAAGGAGGAUGGAGUGAUCACGGUCAGCGAGGACAGAACGAUUCGGGUAUGGCUGAAGAGAGACAGCGGUCAAUACUGGCCAAGUAUCUACCACACAGUCUCCUCUCCAUGCUCUUGCAUGUCAUACCACCAUGACAGCAGACGCAUCUUCAUAGGCCAGGACAAUGGAGCUGUUGUGGAGUUUCUCAUCUCUGAAGAUUUCAACAAGAUGAGCCAUGUCAAAACGUAUCCAGCCCACCAGAGCCGUGUGUCGGAUAUGGUGUUCUCCCUGGAGAGUGAGUGGGUGGUGAGCACUGGUCAUGACAAGAGUGUGAGCUGGAUGUGCACCCAGAGUGGGAGCAUGCUGGGCCGACACUACUUCACCGCCUGGGCCUCCUGCCUACAAUACGAUCACGAGACGCAGCACACCUUUGUCGGCGAUUACUCAGGACAGAUCACGCUUUUGAAACUGGAGAAGCAGACGUAUACUAUAAUCACAACGCUGAAGGGUCAUGAAGGAAGUGUAGGAGCUCUUUGGUGGGACCCUGUCCAGAGGCUGCUGUUCUCAGGUGCCUCCGACCACAGCAUCAUCAUGUGGGACAUUGGGGGCCGCAAAGGACGGACGCUAUUGUUGCAGGGCCACCACGAACGAGUCCAGGCGCUGCGCUACCUCCAGCUGACGAGGCAGUUGAUGUCGUGCUCGGCCGACGGAGGCAUGGCAGUGUGGAACAUGGACACAAAGAGAGAAGAGGCGCCUCAGUGGUUGGACAGCGACUCGUGUCAGAAGUGUGAGCAGCCUUUCUUCUGGAACAUCAAGCAGAUGUGGGACACUAAGACUAUGGGGCUCAGACAGCACCACUGCAGGAAGUGCGGCAAAGCUGUGUGUGGAAAAUGCAGCACCAAACGCUCCACGUUUCCAAUCAUGGGCUUUGAAUUCCCUGUGCGGGUGUGUGACGCCUGCUUUGACACCAUCAAAGAGGAAGAUCGAACAGCAUUGGCCUCGUUCCACGAAGGGAAGCACAACAUCGCUCGCAUGGACAUGGACCCAUCCAGAGGCCUGAUGGUCACUUGUGGAAGCGACCGCAUUGUUAAGAUCUGGGAUAUGACGCAGGUGGUUGGCUGUAGCUUAGCAACAGGCUUCUCUCCACGCUGAUUGACCCAGCCCACAACAUGCUUCCCCCCCCUCGCGCUGCGGCCACUCUUCCAGUUUCAUUUAAACCCCUCUGUAAACCACAUCUCCCCGUCGCACCUGGGAUCUUCAGCUACAUCCUGGCCUGCUUUGGGUGAAUGUUCCAGUGUGUGUGUGUGUGUUUGCAUGUAUGUAUGUAUGUGUGUGUGUGAGAGUAUGUUUGUGUGUGUGUGUGUGUGUGUGUGUGUUUGUGUUGUAGCCCUCCACAUUCCUUUUGCUUCACAUCAAGGAAUCUUUAAUUUCACUGUCAGUGUGUGACUGACGUUUUACUUUUUGUGCUAAUCUGAAACAGAACCCUAAGCACAAUGGUGUGUGUGAGUGCUUGUAUUGUAAUCGUUUCUCUAAUGGGAGAGACAGAAUUGAUAUUGGUGUUUACAUUCAAUAUAUCUUUUGACAAAGGUCAUUUUUUAUUACCCUUGCACUGUAAAAUCGCAGGCCAGCCCUUCCUGUAAAAACACACUACCUUCUCUUCCUUAAUGUAAUGGCCCACUAACUGCAUUUACUCCGUUUAACAUGUACAAAAAAAAACAAAUCAUUUGUAUAUAGCUCUACAUUGUGUACAGUAGAUAGUUGCUUGAAAUGACUCUCACUGAUCAAAGUGAUCAGCUUUUUCUGUCUCUUUCUUCCUCUAUGGUUUCUUUCACUAGCUGGCCUUAAAUCUCUCUCAGGAGGUUUUACAUCAGUAGGUUGUCACUGGGCGGGGGGGCUCUUCAUGUUAGUCGUCACUGUUGUGUGAUUGUGAGACGCAUCAGGCGUGAAAAGAGGCAUCUUAUUAGAGGCAUCUUAUUCGACGACGGGAAUCUCCUGAUUAACAAAAAGAUGCUGCGGCAGGAAGUUGAUACAAUCGUCAGAUGCUUGCAUGGCAGCACCGAUCCAGCCUCCACCUUAUUAUCUUGUGUGAGCCAGGGAGAGAAAAAUUUGAAUAUGUUGCUAAACAUGAGCUCCAGAGGAUAUUUAUUUGCACUAUUGGGUCGAGACCUUCUCCGCAGUUUUCCUUUGACAAAUGAACAAUGCAGCAGGAGAUUCUCCACCUAGACGAGUUCACAACACAGAAAAGUUGGAGGUGGUGCAGCAGACAGAGGCGCGAUCUAAAGUAUCUGCUGUUGAGAUCACGUUUGAAUCCUGUGGAGGAUCUCUUGCUGUGUUCCCAUAUUAGCUCAGUUUUUACCGAGGGGCUGACACGAGAAACUUCUUAUUCGUUCUAACAGACAGCCCCUCUGGGUAAUGUUCAUCGAUUACCCAGAGUUCAGUGCAUUGAAGACUUCCUGUCACAGCCAUCCAGGAGUGUAUCAGUGGGAAUACAAUUCGAGAUUUGAUUUGGUGUUUGACUUGUGACAAUUUCACCUUUGUGUUUUAAAUUUUAUUUAGAGGUAAUAAAUAAAAAAAAUAUAUAUAGCACAGCAUUACCCUCUCAGAAAACUUAUGUAGGUAGAUACCAAACAAAGCACUCAUGGUGUCAAUUCUCGAAUGCCUCGUGAGAAUAAUUUUUCAUCUGUAAUUUGAAAAAUAUAAAUAUUAAUAAAGUUUCUUUGGUGUAAAUUGAAUUUCCCUCCUCCAUAAAGGCGCAUGGUAACUGGGCAGUCGCCCAACUCACCUGAAUGGACUCCCUUUCUUAAAAAGCCUUAAUGAGACAAGGACACAUACAACGUUUAGAGGUUUGUCACUCAGUGCUCAGUGCUUCUGAAUAUGUCCUUUGCUUUUCAUCUCUGCCUGUUGCGAGCUCCCCCCCACCAACACCACACACGCAUCUGUUAUCAAGGAUUUCUCAUAACACCCUCACCAGAGCACUUAAUUGCACAACUCGGUUGUCUUUUGUCUUUGAAUCAAACGGAACCUUUUUGUCCGAUGUAGCGUCCUUGUAAAUAGCGGCUAAUAUCGUCUAAUGAUAGACUGAUGCUUGCCUUAUUGCUAGUGAGGAAAAAUUAGCAUUAAUAUGUUGGGAUUUCUGAUUUCAAAACUGCAGUCACAUUCCAGUUCUUUGUUCAUGUAGUGUAUAUAUUUAUAUUUGUAGUAAAGUAUCUAUUAUCACUC